AUUUUCUGCCUUGUGGGCUGUACUGGGACAGGGUGCAGAGACACUGUGAGCAUGAGCGUAAACGAGACGGCCUGUUAUCUUCCAGACGUGGGCGGCAGCUUCACUGAGAAUGCCCCCAGACCCCCGGUCCCCGGGGAGGAGGGUGAUCUGGUGUCCAGCGAUGGACGGCAAUACGGCCACAGCUUUUACUCAUCUAAGAGCGAGAGCCUCAAGAACGAGACCUCCAUAGCUACUCCCAGAAGACCUGACCUGGACCUGGGCUACGAGCCCGAGGGUAGCGCUUCCCCGACGCCACCCUACCUGAAGUGGGCGGAGUCCUUGCACUCGCUUUUAGACGACCAAGAUGGCAUCCACUUGUUCAGGACUUUCCUCAAACAGGAGGAGUGCGCUGACUUGUUGGACUUCUGGUUCGCCUGCAGCGGCUUCCGCAAGCAGGAGGCCAACGAAGGCAACGAGAAGAUGCUGAAGCUCGCCAAAGCCAUUUACAAAAAGUACAUCUUGGAUAACAACGGAAUUGUGUCCCGGCAGAUCAAACCGGCCACCAAGAGCUUCAUCAAGGACUGCGUGAUGAAGCUUCACAUCGAUCCCGCCAUGUUCGACCAGGCGCAAACCGAAAUUCAGACUAUGAUGGAAGAAAACACCUACCCUUUGUUUUUAAAGUCCGACAUAUACUUGGAAUACACCAGAACGGGCGGAGAAAGUCCCAAACUGUUCAGCGACCAGAGCUCGGUGUCGGGCAACGGCAAAGCCCUGCCGGGCUACCUGCCAACUCUGAACGAAGACGAGGAAUGGCGGUGCGACCAGGAGCAGGAGCAGAACCACGAAAGCGACCCCACUCCCAGCAGCAGGCUGACCCAGAAGCUGCUCAUGGAAACCGUGCCUCAGCGGGUGGCCAGCACUAAGAGAUAUCAGGACAACCGUGAGUACAGACACGCGUCAUGGAGGGAGCCCAUCAACCCGUACUACGUGAACACUGGCUACGCGCUGGCUCCCGCCACCAGUGCCAACGACAGCGAGCAGCAGAGCAUGUCCAGCGAUGCAGACACUCUCUCCCUGACCGACAGCAGUGUAGAUGGAGUCCCACCUUAUAGAUAUCGCAAGCCGCAUCGACAUGAGAUACACGAAAGUGCCAAAGUUAAUGGGCGAGUGCCACUACCUCAUAUUCCUCGCACAAACCGGAUGCCAAAGGAUAUUCAUGUUGAGCCAGAGAAGUUUGCGGCGGAGCUCAUCAGCAGGCUGGAGGGGGUGCUAAAGGAACGUGAGGCGCAAGAAAAACUGGAGGAGCGGCUCAAGAGAGUUCGACUGCGCACAAACCGGAUGCCAAAGGAUAUUCAUGUUGAGCCAGAGAAGUUUGCGGCGGAGCUCAUCAGCAGGCUGGAGGGGGUGCUAAAGGAACGUGAGGCGCAAGAAAAACUGGAGGAGCGGCUCAAGAGAGUUCGACUGGAAGAUGGUUUCAGAUGGAGCAUCUCUGGCUCCAAGAAGGCUCAGAGUCACGAGGUGAUGAGGCCCAGCUCGGUGGAGCGGCCGGGGGCUGUGCACCCUUGGGUUACCGCUCAGCUCCGCAACAAUGUGCAGCCCUCCCAUCCCUUCAUCCAGGAUCCAACCAUGCCCCCCAACCCAGCCCCUAACCCCCUCACCCAGCUGGAAGAGGCACGCAGGCGGCUUGAGGAAGAGAGGAGGAAGUCUGGAACAUUGCAGGCUAAGCAGAGGUAUGUGAUGGAGGUGAUCCAGAGGGGUCGCACCGCUGUAAGGCCCGCUCUGUUCCCCACGCUCAGUGUGGUGCCCGCCGUCUCCGACAUGGAGCUCUCCGAGGCCGAGCAUAAGAAUAUGAAGAAGCAGCCCUGUGAGAACAUCAUCGUGGCCUAUUACUUCUGUGGAGAGCCCAUCCCGUACAGGACAUCCGUCAAAGGAAGAAUCGUCACGCUGGGACAGUUCAAGGAGCUGCUUACUAAGAAAGGGAGCUACAGGUAUUAUUUCAAGAAAGUGAGCGAUGAGUUUGACUGCGGAGUGGUGUUCGAGGAGGUACGCGAAGACGAUGCCAUCCUGCCCAUCUUCGAGGAGAAGAUCAUCGGAAAAGUCGAGAAGAUCGACUGAGGGGAGGGAGGCAGGAGGAGAGGCACUCGGGCUGCAGAGGCGCAGCAGGAUAUGGAGAAAAAGAGGAAGCGGCGAGCAGGUGCUGAGAUUGGUACAGCGAACGUGGAUGUGCAGGAGAGCGAGAGGUGCAGAACAGGGACGGUUGCUGUGGAAAGUACACUAUUUACUCCGAGGCGUCUACCUCCGCACAACGGCUUUUAAAGUCAUACCGCUGCUCAGUGCUCAAGAUCACUGCAUUGUGCACGGAGAGCCCUUGGACUCACCGAGACGAAAGCGUGAGGAAGCAUUCUCACUUUUGCUAUAUUUCUAACUGAAAAAUGUAAUGUAGCAAUGUAAAGUUAGCUUAGAAAAAAGUACUAUGAAUGUUUACUAAAGCUGCAUAUUUUUGAUAAUACGUAUCAGAAGGAACAUAUCCUUUCUAAUUUAACAACUCUUGUAAUUUUUAUAUGUACUGGUACCAGAUGUGUACAGACUGUCUGUUUAAAAAGGAAAAAGAGAAAGUUUUAUAUCUAUUUAAAUAUAAAAAAAAGGAGAAAAAAAAGAG